CAUGACGUCACUUCAGUGUUGGCGCGAAAUCCUUUCGGCGUGUAAGGGUCUGCUGAACUCUCCAUUGUUUAUAGGACAUUUAACAACCGGACACUCGUCGUAGAAUCCAUAAAAUGAUUGGACAGAAAACCAUUAAUUCAUUCUUUUCACCGGUCUCCAAAAAGAAGGUUUGUGAAGAACACAAUGAAGAGGAGGACGCGAAACAUUCGAAGAAGAGGAAGUCCUCGGAGGUCGAGCCGGAGCCGGAGCCGGAGCCCUCCAGCCCGCCACCGGCGCCUCUAACUCAGGAGCAGCUGGACGCCAUCGCCCGUAACAAGAAGGCAGCGCUGCAGAAGCUUACUUCCGGCCACAUUCCUGCUGGGGUUGGAGAAAGUUGGCAAAAGGCACUCGCUGCUGAGUUUGCAAAACCUUAUUUCAAACAGUUGAUGCGGUUUGUUGAUGAUGAGAGAAAGCGUCACACAGUUUACCCUCCUCCUGAACAGGUUUUCACUUGGACUCAGAUGUGUGACGUUCGUGAUGUCAAAGUAGUGAUCCUUGGUCAGGACCCGUACCAUGGUCUAAACCAAGCCCAUGGGUUGUGUUUCAGUGUCAAAAGACCCGUGCCUCCCCCGCCCAGUUUGGAGAACAUGUACAAAGAGCUGGUGAGUGACAUUGAAGGUUUCCAGCGCCCUGGACAUGGAGAUCUGACCUGCUGGGCCAAACAAGGCGUGUUGUUGCUCAAUGCCGUGCUGACCGUACGAGCCCACCAGGCCAACUCUCACAAAGACCAAGGCUGGGAGACGUUCACUGACGCAGUGGUACAGUGGCUCAGCAACAACCAGGAGGGCCUGGUCUUCAUCCUGUGGGGGGCCUACGCUCAGAAAAAGGGAGCUACCAUUAACAGAAAACGUCACCACAUCCUGCAGACGGUGCAUCCUUCUCCUCUGUCGGCCCAUCGAGGAUUCUUUGGCUGCAAACAUUUCUCAAAGGCCAACAAUCUGCUGGAGAAAUCUGGAAAGUCACCAGUCGACUGGAAGGCACUUUGAACACAUCGUCUUGGUUUAACUACACGUCAAACACUCGUAAAAAUCCUCUAUAAGCUUUUUCUCCUUUCCAAGUUACACUAUAACACUUUUAAGCUAUGUGGCAAAGUUAUUUUGUUGCAUGCUGCUAUGGUGCGUUUAGUUUUUAUUUCCUGUUCUUUGUAGUGUCAGUGUUGUAAAUAUUUUUGUAUACAUUAAACCUUUCACUGAUU